AUGGGGACUCCAAAUGAUCAGGCCGUCUUGCAGGCCAUCUUCAACCCCGACUCCCCGUUUGGAGAUAUUGUUGGGUUGGACCUGGGAGAGGAAGCAGAGAAGGAAGUAGAUGAAGAUGAAGUUUUCCCGAGAGCGCAGCUGGAACAGUCCAAGGCCCUGGAGCUGCAGGCGGUGAUCGCAGCCGAGGCUGGUGACCUCAGCACAGCCCUGGAGAGGUUUGGCCAAGCUAUCAACCUAUUGCCUGAGAGGGCCUCAGCCUACAAUAACCGAGCCCAGGCCCGGCGUCUCCAAGGAGAUGUGGCAGUCUUAUCUCUGCGUAACGGAAAUAACAAUCCCGAUCUCGAGGGUCGUCUGCGGGCGCAAUGUAAAUGGCCGAGCCCCAGAGCCUGCACUCGGGGCCGGAUCUUGCUGGCCGCGGCCCUGACCUCUGCCCAUCCGUCCGUCCGUCCCGCAGGCGCCCUGGAGGACCUGGAGCGCGCGCUGGCGCUGAGCGGCGGCCGGGGUCGCACCGCCCGCCAGGGCUUUGUGCAGCGCGGGCUCGUGGCGCGGCUGCAGGGCCGGGACGACGACGCCCGCAGAGACUUCGAGCGGGCGGCUAGUCUGGGCAGCCCGUUUGCGCGCCGCCAGCUGGUGCUGCUCAACCCGUACGCGGCGCUGUGCAACCGCAUGCUGGCCGACGUGAUGGGGCAGCUGCGCCGGCCCCGCGACGGGCGCUGA